GAAUCUGUAGCCACGGCACUGCAGCUCUAUGCCAACCCGAAGGAGGCCGGCAUCAAGCUCCUGCUGCCUCCCAUCAUGGACCUCACUGACAACCCCUUUACCCAUUGCCCCACAGAGCAAAUGGCCACGUGCUGCCUGCACUCCAAGUGGGCCCCUUUUGAAGUUUUUGGUCGGCUUCUAGAUGGUCUUCCAUCCAUGCAGGACUCGCGGCACUCCUCUCCCAGCAUUGUUCAGCCGCCGGACUACAAAAGCAUAUUCUUUGGAGCCUAUUCACAAGGUCCGCUGGUUGGCCUUCGGGCCCAGACGAGGCGAUACCCCAUGGUCAGCCGUCUACUGAACGCAGUGCUUUACACUUUGAGCGGGGUGCACAGCCAUUCAACGGUGUUCCUUGCCAGAAACCGCGCCAUGGGACUCCACUCGGAUCCACAUAAUCACCAGGACGUGCCGAAUGUCUUGAUCCCCCUGUCGGUCUUUUCUGGUGGCCAGCUCUUCGUGGAAGCUGAAGAGGGCGACGUCUGUUUGGACAAGCAUAGCAGUGUCAGGGGAUACAUUCACCCCAUCACUCUCCCCUUUUUGGCGUUUGAUGCCCAAAAGCGGCAUUCCAUUCUUCCUUGGUCAGGCUGUCGUCUGAUUCUGGGCUCAUUUCAUAUCCGCGGAGCGGAAAGGCUCCCUCUGGGCACGCGCAACGUCCUUCACUCUUUAGGCUAUCCUCUUCAUAGGGACGGCCAGGUCAGUCUGGAGGAGGCGCUGGUACGUGCUGGUGGCACAGCGCUGCUUGCGGAGCAACCUGAAAUGCCUUUCAUCGUCCUGAGCGACAGCACCCUCCAGUACCUCCUGUGGAUGGAUGGCUCUGGGAAGUCCUACGGCGUUGAGACGGUGGAUCAAAACCCUCUGCGCCAGGCUGUUAUCUGUCCGGGAGCAUCUCUCAUUAUGCCCCGAGAUGGAUACGUGCGCACACCGCCGGUCCUUGAAGUCCUGGCGUGGCACUUCAUUCGCGUGCUGGGCCAUGAAAAUCCGUUCCCCACCGAUCACAAGCCGCUGAUCGCACUUCUCAAGAAGUAUUACUAUUCCGACGUCUACGUCCGCCUGAUCCCUCUACGACAGUCCUUAAACCCCAACAAGCAGGGAGCCUACGACUGGCUGGCGGAUGUCAGGGAUCAAUACGGACUCUCCGCUGACGACCUCUCUGACCAAACCAUCAUGUCGCUCCAGGGCAGCGACCCGGAUCUG